UCACUUGGCGCUCAUAUUUGGAUUCUCCUCAGUGAGAAACAGAGGAAGUUCAGGAUAAGGACCACGCUACAGCAAUUUCAAGGUCUGAACCUGCUAACCAGGACAAGUGCAGCUCAAGAGCACCGUCUUCUGACAAAAAGAGAAAACAUCUAAGGAUUUUGGUGGAUUACUCUGAAUCAACUUCAUGUAAUCUCUUCAUUUACUGAAUAAGCUCUGGCAUUUUUUGUAUCUUUUCUGUAUUUGGACUAUUUCCUUACAACUCCUCCUGCCAAAACCAUGUCAACAACAGUGACUUCAUAGCCACUGAGUGCAGACAGCAUAGAAGACAAGCAACACAAAACAUGGAGGCUUCAAGUUCAGCUCAUGCAGGAACUAUCCCCUCAACGCCAGUAACCCCCACCUCCCCUGCACCCUCCUCUGCUGGCCACUUGCAGUUCUUCUGGGACUACCAGGACAAUUCUGUCAUUGUGACUCAUUACAACUACACAGGCAAGCUGCAGAAAGAUCGCUACCGUGAGGGGCUCAAACCUGAGAGCAUUGCAAUCCUGGUGGUGUGUCUGCUCAUCAUUCUGGAGAACGCUGUGGUGCUCAUCGCUAUUUGGAGGAACAAGAAGUUCCACCUGCCCAUGUAUUACCUGCUGGGUAACCUGACUCUGUCCGAUCUGCUGGCCGGGAUUACCUACAUGGCCAACAUCAUCAUGUCUGGGCCUAAUACUCUGAAACUUACACCGCUGCUGUGGUUCCUCAGGGAGGGCGGCGUCUUCAUUACUCUGGCUGCCUCUGUCAUUAGUCUGCUGGCCAUUGCAAUUGAACGCCAUGUUACUAUGGUGACUAUGCGGCCAUACCAUGGGGCAAAGCGAGGACGGAUGUUGACACUGAUUGGUGCAAGUUGGGCCCUGGCAGGGUUUUUGGGGGUCUUACCAAUUCUGGGGUGGAACUGCAUCCACAGACUGAGCCAGUGUUCAACAGUACUCCCACUUUAUGCCAAAAGCUACAUCCUCUGCUGCGUAUCGGUUUUCAGUGCAAUUCUCCUGGCAAUUGUGGUCCUUUAUAUCCAGAUUUUUCGCAUUGUUCGCUCCAACACACAGCGCCAGCGGCUGGGCCUGUCCGGCAGCAUGAGAAAAGGGUUGGCAAGGAAGUCACAGAAGUACAUUGCCCUCCUUAAGACAGUGACCAUUGUGCUGGGUGUUUUCAUUGCCUGUUGGCUGCCCCUCUUCCUCCUCCUCCUCCUGGAUUUUUUCUGCCCCACCCGCAGCUGCCACUUGCUCUACAAGGCUGAUUACUUUCUGGGAGUAGCCAUUGUCAACUCGCUCCUCAACCCCAUCAUCUACACCCUGACCAGUAAGGACAUGAGGAUAGCCAUUCUGAGGCUGCUCUGUCGGCCAUGUCUGAUGACCAGAGAUGGCCAAGUAAAGAAGAUUGGGAUGCCAUUCCUGGAGUGCAGUUUCAGUAAGACUGAGGUGGCCUCUCAGAAGUUAGAUGGGGCAUUGGAGACAACCAUUUCCUCUGGGAACGUUAUCACCACCCCAUCUCCAAUUAAAGCUCUUUACCCCAAACUCUUCAAGUCAUAAGAACGUAGACAGACUAAGUCCAUAAGUUUGUGACUUGGUUUGAACAGAGGACAUGUAGCACAACCUUCUAUAGUGAGAGAGCAGUUCUGGUAUUCUCAGAUUUGGAGCACAGCCAGAAACAGAUGCCAUAUGGAAUAUUAUGGAGGAAUCCAACCAUCAAGGGGUCAUGAUAGAAUCAUGUUUAAGCAAACUUGUCUCAACUUGACAGGUCAGAGGUGGUGCAGUUACAGCAUUAGAGCCACUUUGAUUGUGAGAUGACCACAAAACAAGAAGCCAGGAGGAUGCCACUUAAAUGUGAACAAACCACUUUUUUGUAUGUGAAGAUGCAAAGUCUCCUGAACUAAUUUGCACUGAAAUAUCACAAUGAAUAGCCAAGCAACCUUGGAUUCAGAAGAAUUUGGUGCUCUAGUUGGUGUGGAAGCGUGGAAGGAAAAUCCUCUGUAAACCUAAGGACUGUCAUGAAUGAAAAAAUGUAAAUCUGUAAUUUUCACAGAGACUCACUGGGUUAAAACAUGGCUGUCUUUGCCACUUUUGCAGUUUCUUGCUGAAGUGCCUUAAAUAGAUUACAAACACUUCUAUUAUAUGCAGUGAGUAAUCUUUGCAUAUGCACGCACCUGGAUUUUGCUUUUUAGAUGCCCCACAGUGUGCUAGAUUUGUUAUGAGGAAAUUAUGUAGAGCAACCCUACACAUAUCUGUGUAGGCGAUGCUGCGGGGAGACCAGAUAAAAGGAAAAGACAGGUGGCACUUACUCUUAUCUGUUCUUGCAAACACAGCUUGGUGAAGAAUGUUACGGUAGAGCUGUGAGAAGGAAGGUAGAAAUGAAAACCACCACUGUUUUAAAAUGACAGACGAUAAACCUAUCUGAUACCAAGUGGAAAACUACAAAGAUACGGUGUCCAAGUUAUGAAAUGUCAGUCUGAUCCACAGAAAAACCUCAACAAAAACAACAAAAUGUCAUCACAACUACAAAUAUGUUUCCUUUCCAUUGUGAUACACAGAUACAGUAGCUGUACUCUAACUGUAACCAACUCAGCUGUAACUGUAUCACUUGUGUGUAUAAGACCAAUAGAUUGUUGAGUCAGAGAUUGUUGUGUUUCAACUUGCAAAUAAAGUUUGAAUUAAUUAUCAUCACUCGGCUGCACCACAAGGUUUUAGAACAAGAAUGUGUCUGCACUUGAAAGGAAAAUUAUGAGGACAGAUUCAUCACAGUGCAACUAUUCCAGUACUUUCUUUCACUUUUCAAACAGAACAUUUCUGGUUAUAGGUUAAGGUACUGCUCUUUUUUAUGAAAUGAGUUUGCCAACAGUGUUUUUAUGCAGAUGUGUUGGUCUUUCUGGGCUUUAACUGAUGAAUGAGGCAGUGUGCUUUUUGUACUGUAGUGAACUUUAAGUAUUUUUGAAGACUUUCUAUAUCAUCUAUAUUGUAAAUUAUAUCUAUUUUGUAACA